AUGGAUCAUGUGGUAAAGAUCCUCUGGACACUGGCUGUCUACAGCGCAAGUUUACAAGACAUGUCUGUUCACGGAAUGGUGGACUUUUCUAGCCCUUGGGAUACUCGCGUCAGCUCUACGUUGGACUUCCUUCAAAGGGAUCCUUGUUGGGGUCUUUCAAGAGGGCCCAAGUGCAAUCGUUCCAUUUUCAGCAAUCUCAAUACCAGGAACAUUAUGCUUUACACUGCUGAAACGCAAAGAAAACUUCGCGUCAUUCUACCGGAGAGAAAAGAGCGUCGCCUCACUUCCGACUCAAAAAACAACUCUUAUGACGCUGUUUUUGUGCUAGAUCCCUUCCCCGACGCAAACUUGGGCCACACCGUUUUUAUUUUUCUCCUCAACUUCAACGUGAGUCGAACUGUCUGCAAUAAAAGCAUGAACGGUUUGCACGUAUUUACUGGUAAGUGUAGGUUUUUCACUAAUCUUGGAUACGCACUUGAUUACAUUUAUCUCUUGCUCCGAUCUAUAUGCGAUACAAUAUAUGCGUGACCUGGUGUAGGCAUUCCAGCCCCAAUAUCGUUCCGGAAUUACUUUUAUUCAGAAGAGUUUUUAAUCUUUCUCUUUCUCUCUCCCUCAGUUAAGUAUCUCGUUAGACUCGGAGAGUGGGUUGAAUGGAAAACUCAAAAACUGAUACAUCUGUGAAACUGAACCAUAAACUGAAGUGGAAAGUGAUAUUGUACUUCAACUUGCAGUGAUAUUUUAAAAGCCGCAUAAGUUUAUUUAGUGUAGAAAAAUUUGAUAAAUAGUUUAAAACUCGCGGUCUGAUAUUCCAAGUACAUUCUCUUAAUAUAGGCUUGAGACAUGCUAUUUUUCAUGUAAAUUGAUUCUUCACUCGACUUCUAAACUGAAACGAUGAAAUCCUACUACAGUAUACCAUUCUCUUAGCUCUUUAACUCCAGGGGAUGCGAAAUACGUUUAUAAAAAAAUAAAACAAAUUUAGUGUAGUAAAAUAUUGAAAAGCAGGUUAUCGUUCAAAAGUUCUGCUGGAGAGGUUUCAUUUGAAAUGGUCACACUAUUUUGUCCACAGCCUAAAAAGUUAGAAUAACUCUACAUGUUGUUCCAUAAUAUGACUCUGAGUUAAAAGUUUCAUCAGUAGUCCUGCUACGUUUCCAGUGUAUUUCGCAGAAAGCGAGUAAAUUGAUCAAUUGGCAACUCUAAGCAGUGAAUGUCGUGUAUAUCGGUGUGCUUAGUAUAUUUUUUUCUCUACAGGCCGUGACGAGUGUAUCAGAAGAGCAGAAAGGCGCCACUGUAGAAACCGUUCGCCAAGGAAAAUCAAUUGCGAGGUAAACUUCCUGCCGCUGGUUUAUGAAAAGGGUGACCAAUUACAUAAACAGCGUUUAGACUGCCGCCCUCAGCUCGACACUCUCACGUUUGCAAACUGCAGAGCACGGGAGUCCUUCCGACAUCCUUGCAACCCCAAUUCCGCGCGAUGUUUAUCCCCGACUCCUCCUUCGAGGUGCACGCACAAACGCUGUAAUCAUGCUGUGUUGGUAACUGGAGGCUGGAGCCGCGACACGAGCCGUCCACGGUACCGAAACAACCUGCGCAAUGUUUGGAAAUUACUGCAUCACACCAUGGGUUACAAAAAGGAAUUCAUCGUAACCUUUUUCGGGCAGGGCCGCAAAGAAGAUCGUAAGUAACAAGAUUCUCUUUUCUGUUUGUCUUUGUCAUUUAUUUUGCGAAAGAAAAUUACUCGGGCGGCAUGCCUAAUUUGGAGAACAGGCUGAAGCUUUUAAUUCACUUUGCAGUCGGUGAAACUUCGUCAAAGUCAUUAAUAAGUGCAGCUACAAUCCUUUUAUUGUCAAAGAUUUUUCGCUUGUUCGCCGUUCUUAAUGACAUUUGCUAUUUCUUAAAGAUAACCGAACUUUUCCAUAUCCCAUAUGUAAUUCUUAGGGACAGCUUCACCGGUAGAAUGAUUUGUUGCGUUGGUCAUGAGUUAUUUUUCUCCUCUUUCAUGCAGCAUGCACCUAUAUGCGGUUUCGCUCGGUAUUCCUUAACAAUUUGUCGCAACGGGUCGUAGUUAUAAGCGGCUCGAUUUAAAUCCCUAAUGUGCUAAAUUGUAAAUAGGCGAAGUGCUGCGGUAAUUAAUUUUGAAACCGAUACCUUUCACUGUAAUAUUCACAUUUCAACGAGCGGUUUGUUCGCUAGACGAAAUAAAAACAACUUCGCUUAUUAGAAUAAGAAAACACUUUAUUUAAUUGGUUUUUAAUUGCCAAAAAAAUCUACGAAACAUUCACAUUUCAUCUUUACCGCUUAAAGACACAAGCGCUUAUCUGUUGUUAAAAACGUUUUGUGACUUCGUCCUUUCGCAUCUUCUUUUUAACACACCGGCGAAGAAUUGCGAAACUAAAUAACUUAACACAUCUUUACAAUCACUUCAUUAAACCUUAAACUGUUCUCUUUGUGUGAAUUGAUCCAUCUUUCUUUAACCGUAGUUUUUGAGUUUCAUGCAUAAAUUGUAUUGAAAAAGUAUCGAAAAGCAGGUCGAUUCAGCAAACCGAAUCACCGCUUCUUCCGACAAAAGCUAGAAGAACUUAAUAACAGUUUUGAAACUUUCCAGACUUAAAACAAAGAAUCACGAAAAUUGUAACUGGGUUCGAAAACAAAACAGUAGGCAAUGGGUGGUAUUUUUAAUAACGUUCUUAAAACAAUGAGGUGGAAUUAGCAAAUCAUGAAACUUUCGAUAUUGUAAUGAAAAAAGAAAUUAAACUCCAUGUUCUUAAGGAGAGCUCAGAGGUGGGGUAAGUUGGAGUCUUUCUUAUUUUGAUGAAGAAAAAAAAAUCAUGUGGAGAUUGUUAACAAUAAAAAAGUCUUUACACUUUGCCGCCGUGUAAUGAAGCCGCAUUUUUUUUGCAUUCAUCUGUUAAAAAGCUUUUGACUUUUGGAGCUCUCGUAGAUUCCUGUAAGGUUGUAGACUUGCAGAUAUGUUUGGAACUUUCCAGUAAGAGUGUCAAGUAAGAAAUGUAUGGGAAAUUGUUUUUAAUACGCAUUCUUCUCACGUGGAACUCCCUCUUUUUCUCUUCGACGGCAGCUAACAGGCUGAAAACGUGCUAUGUUAUUUUAAGAUUUUAAUCGACCCCAAGAAUAAACAAAAUGGAUGAAAUAUAACGUUUAAAAAUACCGCGGCCUUAAUCCUUGGUUUAUUCCAAAGUAACUACUCUAAUUUCGGCAGAAUCGUCCGUGAGCUGUAUUUGGAGAAGCCGAAAGAUGGAUUAUUCAUUAAUUAUAGUUUCACGUACGCCUAUCCUGGCAAGUUUGUGGCCUUCUUACGUAUUUAACGGAAGCCUUUAUUUUAUUAUUCAAUUAGAAUUUGUUAUUUUUGCUCCAAGGUCAGGCUUUUUAUACUGAAAGGUUUAAUUAAGUAAAUUGAGAUCAUCUUUGACCGCCUCGGCCUGCAAGCACGUACUGAGUUGCAUAUCAUUGCAGCCUCUUUGCACUCUUUUGUAGCUACAGGAUUUGGCCGUAAACUUAGAAAAAAAGAUUAACUUACGGUAUUACUCACACAAUAGGUUAUUCCACCACGCAGCAAAAAUUUUUCCAUAUCGCUAUUCAGAGCACGCACCACAGUUAUAAAGGCUCGUGCUGCUGUAAUUUCGGUGGAACCAAAACGGACCACAAAGCUACAUUCUUCUUGAACACACUGAACAAAAUCGGAGUUUAUUUUAGAAUUUAGAAGGUUGUAAACCAUGGCCUCUGUUCAAAGUUUCAGUUCAGGUCACUUGGAGAUAGUUUUUUCCCAUUACGGUAGCGCUUAUUCUCACCUCAUUCUCGGCGAGUGUGAAGCUGACUUAACACAUGUUUGGUUUCUCAAAAACCUCUCUUGCACUCACGUAAGAAUUCAAAGACUAACCACUAAUGAUUGAGCAAAGGUUGAAGAGUAACUCGCUGAAGUAUGAGUCGAGAUCUUCAAAUAGGGUCCUGAAUCAAAUUUCCUGUUAGCAGAAGCCUGUUUCGCAAUCGCAUCCUUAGAGAAAAAGCCUUCAAAUAUUAUUGAAAAAUACUGAAGAUGAUUUCUCCAGAAGUAUCAAUAACAAAAAAAACGGAAGUCAUAUUGGGGAGAAAAUGGCCGCGAGAAUGAAGGCAAUUUCAACGAUCCCGCAGUAGGCAUGAUUCAGUGAUGACGCAAACAGUUACAGUUUUUCGAAGGGUGAAGUUAUCGUCCCUGCAUUGAUUGUGUGAAAAAGUCUUAUUAUCACUUUUAGGGUCUCGAACUGUUGAAUUUCCUGCUGUUCUAAUGUUGCGUGUGUCCUUAGUCUUGGAGGUAUUGACUUGACAUUAUAGAGUCAUGCUGUAUAAAAAAGCUACAACAUGCCUUAACAACCAUGCUUCAUGUAUGCGAGCCAGAAUCAUCGAGUCUUCUUCAGCCGUUACAAUGAAUGCUACUGAGCAGUACUUUCUUGUAGGGCUAUGCAUUAUCUUUACAAGGUGGUUUAACCCUUUAAGCCCCAGUAUCCACAUACAAAUUCUCCAAACUGAUCUCUAUACAUUUCCUUAAGGAAUUAGUUGAGAGAAUUUGAUGAUAGAUCAGGGCAUUUUCUCUCAGGUGAUCAUUUUAUUAAUUCUCAUAACUUAUCUCUUGACAGUGUAUCGUGGAUAUUGUUAGGAGAAAAUUGAUCUUGGUCACUAUUGGGACUUAAAGGGUUAAAGGUUUACUUUAGCUAUGCUGAAAAAAUUCUGUGUCCUUUAUAAAUAUUUAAAAAAGUGUUACAUGUGGCCCUUGUUGUGAAAACGGAAUGGAGUAAUUGUAGAUUAACGAAUUUCGUUUAUUCACCAACUGAUCAAGCGUUCUCUUAUCCUAGUUGCCGUUCAUCAAAGGCUCAAAUCCUUUCCAGUGAAAAGCUCAACAGUUGUAAGUGAAUACAUCAGGAAAAUAUGUCGAUCAGGGCCUUGUGUGGACACGUUAACUCUUUACUUAACGGGGCCAUCAACUGGCGACGGCUCUCUCUUGUUCUGGGACAAUGGAGACGGAAUCACGCACGAUUCUGAGCUCUACUCACCCAGGAAGCUUUUGGAUGAUAUCAAGAACUGCUCAGCAAAACGCGUCUUUCUCGUGGCCGAUUACAGCUAUUCUGGAGCUUUGAUCGACAGGCUGAAGAAGAAACGUCAUCCAAAACAAUUUUCUAAUCUCAUGGCUAUUUUGUCCUCAUCGUCGAAGGAACCUGCCUGGCGAAGUGAUUUCACCAACGCGUUUAUCAAGCACAACAAACAAGGAAAUACCACUACAUGCGUUGCAGAUGUUUUCCAGGUAGGAUCUUUCUCUGUUCAAAGGAAACCCUUACAGUAACUUCUGAUUACAUUACUGAGAAUCAACAGACAAUUAUUAGUUCAUUACAACAAGCCCUUCUCUGUUGUCAGGCUUUGCUUCCCAGCCAGUGGCUGUACAGAAAAGUUGUACCGUUCGAUUUGACCAUUCUAAAUAAUAAUUAAAAUGGCAUUUUUGGGUUGUUUCUGCUUCAUUUACGCUCUUUUCUUUUUAUAAGAAUGUUGUUUUUCCGGCCCAGGCUGAAUAUUCUUAUUUUUUCUGCCGACUCGAGGCUGAAAUAUUCAUAUAUUCUUGUAUUAUUCUGCGGACUUUUCCCCUUUAAGAAUAUACUUGGGGUAUACAUUGCAGUUAAUGGCAAUGGCACGUUUGUUUUCAGUUUCUUUUUGGUGGCUAGUUUUGCCGUUAAUAGAAAGGAAUAGUUUCACGGUUAAUUUAGGCAUAUAAUUGUAUUGUAUCCACAGAUUUUCAACACACAAAAUUAUAUUCCCUUCAGCCUUGGGCUUUAUUCUUAUCAUAUUCUUAAGAUUUUGCAAAUUUCAGUCAGGCUCGAGAUUGUUAUAAAAUAUAUUCUUUUAAAUCAUUAUUUUCCUUUUAACAUGGUAUUCAAUUCUGCUCUCAUCGGCUUACUCCUUCCGUGAUCUGUGAUGAUAAUUCAACUGUACUUUUCGUGCAGUACGUUUCAGCGGAACUGCCCUUUUAAUUUUCAAGUAUUUGGUAGAUUUUUGGCAAAUUUUACUUCAAACGGACCCCUCUAAUAUUUACCACUAAUGAACUCAUUUCCGUAAAACAUGCGGAGCUUUGCCUUUCAACAAGCUCGCGUCGCGCGAAUUACAUAAGACGGCACGUGCCGUUUUUUCAGUGGUUAACCAGGUCAAUCAGGUCUUCCGCCGGUUUAAGGAGGAAAUUACGCUGGGCAUCAGUUCCAUUUUUCCUUUCAGAAAAACAUGUUUCAAAGUAUAUUAGACGAUAAAAAAAUUUCUUAACUCGAUCGUUUUGCAAAAUGAGAAAAGCAAACUAUAUUACAGGAAGAAAUCGAUCACAAAGUGGUGUGGUCAAAAACCUGAAGGAAAAAAAGUCUUUUAUGAUGCUUUCUUUUAUCUUCACUUUAUUACUGACAUCGUCUCUGUUAUUGCGUUCAGUUAAAACUUCACUUUGAGAUUGUUUAGAAAAUUGAGGACCUUGCUUAAUUCGAGUUCAAUUUUUUACGUUGUAUAUAGAUCAUUUUCAUGUUCGUAACUUUUUUACAACUCCUAUUGCGCAUUGAUCACUUGACCUUUAGAAAUCAAUAUUCAACGGUGAAAGGUAUACGUUUUUCCUCACAUCUUUUCAAUGAGAGUCGAACUGUCCGUGCAACAAAAGUCGAGAGAAUGUUGAAAACGGCUGCAAUUUUGACGUUAAAACAAACGUUCAAUUGGAGAUAAGUACGCAGAAAAUGUAUGGAGAACAGCAGAAAAUAUUUAUCGAUACUGAUUAGAGAGUAUUGGGUUAAAAUAUUCAAGAGAAGGUCAUAGAAAAAUUCAAGUGACUUUCAAGUACUUCUACGUGUAGGAAACCUCACUCUUUUAACGUGUGAAGAAGCUUCUUUUAAUUACAGGAUACUCUCAGUGUUUUUCCUGUUUAACAUUUCCUUGUUGUUCUUUAUUCAGAGGGGAAUUCAACCCGAUUUUUAUGCAAGGGGCGCGAAGUCAACCCCGCAGAUUGUCCGAAGCAACUCCUCUUCUACCAACACAACUCUUAGUGGACACCCAUGUAACGAACCAUGGAGAAACGCCACUGCCAGGUGGCCGUGUAAGUUACUUACGUUACGCGAAUGGCUUAAGCAGGAUGGCUGAACGCGAUCGCUUGGAUCAUAAAUUAAGUGUAAAUAUGUUAACUAUAAAAGACAAAAUAGAGUGGGCAAAACUGGAUUUAGUUUUAUAUAUUUAUUGUUUAAUGUUCAACAAAAGGUUUGUGAAGAAUGAUCAGGUUCGAGGUAAUUUUUGACAUUUUAGAAUGAGACAAAAAUAGAGCAUCAUAUCAUUUUGUACUACAGCUAAUCUUUGGAUUGGUCAUCAAAGAAAUCACUCAGGCCAACCAUAAGAAGCGAGAAAACUGCAAUAAGCCAAUCGCAAAUACGUGCAGCGAGGGAAAAAUACUGAUGGCGAGUCACGUGGCUUUGGGCUUUUUCCUGAUGGGUCGAGAAAGUGGCAACAGUUUUGUCGUUGUUGUUGUUUCCAGGGUCUCUCUUCUUCUAGAACAUAAGGUGAAAGACCCUGGGAACAAGGUUUUCUUUCCUUAGUUUUCAUCAAUUUUGCC